AUGGAUAUUUCGAAGCCAGUUGGCUCUGAAAUCACUUCUGUGGAUUUCGGUGUCAUGACCGCGCAGGACAUCAGAAAUGUGUCGGCCAUGCAGAUCACCAAUCCCACUGUAUUGGACAACCUAGGUCACCCAAUCUCAGGAGGUCUUUAUGAUUUGGCUCUUGGAGCCUUCUUGCGCAAUUUAUGCGCUACUUGCGGUUUAGAUGAGAAAUUCUGCCCGGGCCACCAAGGUCAUAUCGAACUUCCUGUUCCCUGUUACAACCCGUUGUUUUUCAGCCAGCUUUACAUUUACUUGAGAAGCUCGUGCCUAUACUGUCACUCUUUCAGGUUGAAAGGUGCUGAAGUUCACCGCUACAGCUGUAAGCUGAAGCUGUUACAGUACGGGCUCAUCGACGAAUGCUACCUGCUUGACGAAAUACAAGUGGGAACCUUGGACAAUGCCGUGGAGGAGGCAGAGGAAGUUGACGGCGAAGAAAAACCAUCUACGUCGCUUGACGCAACAUUAAUCAGAGAGCUAAGAAUAAAGCGUAAAGAGUUCGUGGAUCUCUGUAUUGCCACCGCGCUCUCAGAGGGCCGCACCACUCACAAGGGCACUUUCACUGCCACUGUUAACGAUGAGAGGAAGAAAUUGAUUCAUGAUUUCCACAAAAGGCUACUUUCCAGGCCCAAGUGUGACAACUGUGGUAUGUUUUCUCCGAAAUUCAGGAAGGAUGGUUUCACAAAGAUCUUUGAAACAGCUUUAACUGAAAAGCAGCAAACCAACAACAGAGUUAAGGGUUUGAUCCGUGCGGAUGUCGUCAAGAAGCAGCAACAACGUAGAAAGUUGGCCAACGAUCAAGGAAGAACCAUUGAAGAUCAAAUGGACGUGGACGAGGAUUUUGCCAUACCCACCGACAAUCAUCCUAGACCAAAAACGGGCUCAACAUAUAUUCUUUCGACUGAUGUGCGCAAUAUUUUAAGAAGUGUCUUCAGAAAAGAGCAAGAAGUGUUGCAAUACGUCUUCCAUUCAAGACCAAACCUUUCCAAGAAGCUAGUGAGGGCUGACAUGUUUUUCUUGGAAGUCGUGCUAGUACCCCCAACACGUUUUCGUCUCCCUUCAAAACUAGGAGAAGAGAUCCAUGAGAAUUCCCAGAACCAACUUUUGUCGAAGAUUUUGACCACCGCAUUGCUAAUUAGGGAUCUUAACGAGGAGAUGUCAAAGCUCCAAAAGGAUAAGGUAUCUGUUUCAGACAAGAAGAUAAUUUUCAACAGAUUGAUGAAUGCUUUUGUCACGAUUCAGAACGAUGUGAAUGCUUUUAUUGACUCCACCAAAGCUCAAGGGAACACGGGCGGCAAGGUACCAGUUCCCGGCGUCAAACAAGCUUUAGAAAAGAAAGAAGGUUUGUUCAGAAAACACAUGAUGGGUAAACGUGUCAAUUAUGCUGCUAGAUCGGUCAUUUCCCCGGAUCCAAACAUCGAAACUAAUGAAAUUGGUGUUCCACCUGUGUUCGCAACUAAGCUUACUUACCCGGAGCCCGUCACGUCCUACAACAUUGCAGAGCUCAGACAAGCUGUUAUAAACGGUCCAGACAAAUGGCCUGGUGCGACGCAAAUACAGAAUGAGGAUGGUUCUCUAAUCUCGCUCGUUGGGAUGACCCUAGAACAGCGUAAGGCGCUUGCCAACCAGCUGCUGACGCCCUCUUCGCAUAGCUCUACUCACUCCCUGAACAAAAAAGUUUACCGUCACAUUAAGAAUAGAGAUAUUGUUAUCAUGAACCGUCAGCCAACCUUACACAAGGCUUCCAUGAUGGGUCACAAAGUUAGAGUGUUACCAGGUGAAAAAACUUUGAGACUACAUUACGCUAAUACAGGUGCUUACAAUGCUGAUUUUGAUGGUGAUGAAAUGAACAUGCACUUUCCUCAAAAUGAGAACGCUAGAGCCGAGGCUUUCAACUUAGCUAACACCGAUUCCCAAUAUUUGACACCAACCUCGGGUUCUCCUGUUAGAGGUUUAAUCCAAGAUCACAUUUCGGCUGGUGUGUGGCUGACAAGUAAAGAUAGCUUUUUCACGAGGGAUCAGUACCAGCAAUACAUUUAUGGAUGUAUUCGCCCUGAAGAUGGACAUGCAACCAGAACCAAGUUAGUUACUGUUGCACCUGCCGUAAUUAAGCCGGUCCCACUUUGGACUGGUAAACAGAUAAUUACGACUGUCUUACUUAAUGUCACACCCCCUGAUAUGCCUGGUAUCAAUUUGAAUUCCAAGAACAAGAUCAAAAGUGAUUAUUGGGGCAAGGGCUCAUCUGAGAACGACGUUAUUUUCAAGAACGGUGAGCUACUUUGUGGUAUUCUCGACAAAUCUCAAUACGGUGCUUCCAAGUAUGGUGUUGUCCAUGCUUUACACGAAGUAUACGGUCCAGACGUUUCCGCCAAGGUCUUAUCCGUUCUAGGCCGACUGUUUACCAAUUAUAUCACACAUACUGCUUUCACCUGUGGUAUGGACGACUUGCGUUUAACAGCAGAAGGUAACAAAUGGAGAAGUGACAUUUUGAAAACCUCAACCGAUGUCGGUCGUGUGGCAGCGGCAGAGGUUACUAAUUUGGACAACGACGUAAGUUCAAGCGAGUCGGAAUUACUGAAGCGUUUGGAGGAGAUUUUAAGAGAUGACAACAAGUUAGGUAUUCUUGAUGCCGUAACCUCUAAUAAGGUCAACACCAUUACUUCUCAAGUUGUCUCUAAAUGUGUGCCAGGUGGUACAAUGAAAAAAUUCCCUCUAAAUUCCAUGCAGGCAAUGGCCUUGUCUGGUGCUAAGGGAUCUAAUGUCAACGUAUCUCAAAUUAUGUGUCUGCUGGGGCAACAGGCCCUAGAGGGAAGAAGAGUUCCAGUUAUGGUAUCAGGGAAGACUUUGCCGUCCUUCAAACCAUUCGAGACGGAUGCGAUGGCAGGUGGCUAUAUCAAAGGCCGUUUCUAUUCGGGUAUUAAGCCCCAAGAGUAUUACUUCCAUUGCAUGGCCGGUCGUGAAGGUUUGAUUGAUACUGCUGUCAAAACAUCAAGAUCUGGUUACUUGCAACGUUGUUUGACUAAGCAGCUCGAAGGUGUUCACAUCUCUUAUGAUAACUCUGUUAGGGAUGCGGAUGGCACUCUAAUUCAAUUUCUGUAUGGUGGAGAUGCCGUUGAUGUGACUCAAGAAUCGUAUAUGGCACAAUUUCAGUUCUGUGCAGAAAAUUAUGAUGCUUUACUCAAAAAGUACAAUCCAUCGGCCUUGAUUGAACAUCUCGACGUUGAGAGCGCCUUGAAAUACUCGAAGAAAGCCUCCAAACACAGGAAGAAGAAUUCUAAAAUUCCUCAUUAUUCUCAAAAAAUCAAAUACGACCCCGUUGUUUCUAAGUAUAACCCUUCAAAGUAUCUGGGUUCAGUUUCCGAAAAUUUCCAGGACAAGCUAGAAGGCUUUAUUUCUGCAGAAAACGAAUUUUUCAAGACUGGAGAGAACGUGAAUGAAAAGAAAUUUCGCGCUUUAAUGCAAUUGAAAUACAUGCGCUCGUUGAUUAACCCCGGCGAAGCAGUAGGUAUCAUUGCUUCGCAGUCUGUCGGUGAACCUUCAACUCAAAUGACUCUGAAUACAUUCCACUUUGCUGGUCAUGGUGCAGCCAAUGUGACAUUGGGUAUCCCACGUAUGAGAGAAAUUAUCAUGACAGCCUCUGCUGCGAUCAAAACUCCUCAGAUGACUUUACCUAUCUUGCCGGACGUGUCCGAUGGCCUAGCUGACACCUUUUGUAAAUCAAUCACUAAGGUUAUGCUAUCGGAAGCAGUGGAUAAAGUUGAAGUUGUUGAAUCGACUGGAAGUGCCGGAGAUGCGCAAGGUUCUCGUUCUUACAGAAUUAACAUGAAAUUUUACGGAAGUGACGAAUACGGGGAAGAAUAUGAUGUCUCCAAGGAGGACCUCCAGGAGGUUAUUGCUGGUAAAUUUUUGAAAUCUUUGGAAGCUGCAAUUGUCAAACAGAUUAAAUUGCAAAAGAAAAACGCUUCUUCAGAAAUUGGCAUGGCGCUACCAAAAUCACAAACUGCCUUGGGUUCAGGUGAAGGCAGCAAGAUCGCUGAUGAGGACAAUGAUGAGCACGAGUCACGCCAGAGAACCAAACAAGCGGUAUCUUACGAUGAGCCUGAUGACGAAGAAGUCGAAACAAUGAGGGAAGCUGAGAAAUCUUCAGAUGAAGAAUUAGAUUCGGAGAUGGAUUCUGACUCUUCCUCCUCAGAUUCCGAAGAUGACGACAGCGACGAGAAAACUCUGGCGGAAAAGCCAAAGAAUGAAUUGACUAAAAGUCAGCGUGAUAGACAGUCUGCUAUUAUCUCAUCUCAUAGAUUUAUCACAAAAUACAAUUUUGAUGAUGAUGAAGGAACAUGGUGCCAAUUUUCUAUUGGACUAGCUGCAGACACCGAAAAGCUGCUUAUGGUGAAUAUAGUGGAAGACAUCUGCCGUAAAUCUGUUAUCAGAGAAGUGAAAAAUAUCGACCGCUGUGUUCACCCAGAACCUGAAAAUGGCAAGCGCAUUUUGGUCACUGAAGGUGUAAAUUUUCAGGAAAUGUGGGACCAGGAUACUUUUAUCGACGUAAAUGGCAUCACUUCAAAUGACGUGGCUUCGGUCCUGAAGACCUACGGUGUCGAGGCUGCAAGGAACACUAUCGUGAAUGAAAUUAAUAACGUGUUUUCUCGUUAUGCUAUUUCAGUUUCCUUCCGUCAUUUAGAUCUAAUUGCCGACAUGAUGACUAGACAGGGUACCUAUCUGGCUUUCAACAGACAAGGCAUGGAGACUUCCACUUCCUCUCUGAUGAAAAUGUCUUACGAAACGACUUGCCAAUUUUUGACUAAGGCUGUUUUGGAUAACGAAUCCGAAUCGUUGGAGAGUCCCUCGGCCAGAAUUGUUCUGGGUAAGCUAAAUAAUGUCGGAACGGGUGCUUUCGAUGUUUUGGCCAAGGUUCCAGCUACGCAUUAA